CAUUCAUAAUAUGAGGGUAGUUUAUGGAUGAUGGCUCUUUCAUAACGCAUUAAAGCUUGUUCAUAUGUUGUAUUUGUAUAAAUCGUUUUGAAAAUUUGUCAUACAACUCACAAUAACAUUGUCGAAAAGGAUGGCAACGGUCGGGUAGGGACGGAUAGUGCAUAUUCAUUAUCCUACCCGGAGUUUGGCGACAAGUUCGCCUACCAGAGUGACAACCCGAUUGGGCCUCACUAGAGGCUGACCUGGACAUGUUUAACUUGUUCUGGUGCCGAGCUGCCAUGACUGGGGUACUCUCCCAUCCCUAGUGGCGCCAGCUCUUGACCAUGGACGAGGAGAUCUUCCAUGAGCUGUGUGUGGAGUUCUACUCCACCUUCUCCCACAUCAUCCCGGCAUGCAAGAAGAGCCGGCCACGGGUGGAGUUUAUGCUGGGCGGUCAGUGACACGCUAAAACACAACACCAAACUGCGACCAAGUGUAAUCGCAGUCCGGAAAUGUAGUAAAGUGGCAAGUUCUAAUUAUCAACCCGGGGUCUAGAUCUACUGCCUACUCCGUGAAUAUCUAUUAUCUAGCCAACUAAGUCGAUUGAUUGUGGUUUUAACUAAAAGCAGUAAGAAAGCAGGAAAUUGUUCGGUUUUCUAAAGCAAAGGAAGAGUCACUCGGGAAUGAGUCCCCCUAGCUCCUUAGUUAGGUCUCAAUUGUAAUUACCCUGGGUUGAUUUACUGUUGAUUAAACUGCGGAAGAUCCGACAGUAGCUUGGAAUCUCUUAAACUGACCAAACCCUCUCAGUCCAACUACCCGGCAGACGACUAGUCUUCACCGGGAUAGAAAGCUGAGGCAAUAAGCACAUAACUCCACUACUGGAAUUGGGUUCCAGUACAAAGUAGUAGAUUGAUUAACUCUCGUAUAACCAAUCUACCACUACCAUAUGAUAAAGCUCUAACAACCUAAUCAGAUUCUAUCUAUCUCAGGUUGCAGCAGAAAUCAAGAAAAGAUGAUCAGACUUCAAUUGACUCAAUGAAUCAUGCAUCAUUCGAUUAAAACCAAACAUUAUAACAAUCCCAAAUAAUUACAAUCAAGAUCCCUAACACAUGGAACUAGGGUUCUUCAUACCCAAGUGAGAGAAGGUUCUACUCCAUAGAGAGAGAGGGAAACAAAAUACAAAGCAGUCAUACUCAUAACAAUGGGAAGAAUCUGCUAUGGGAUGAUGAUCUCCACUCCAAGGAUGAUUUCCAAGCUUGAUUGAUGAAGCCUCCUGAUAACAAGAUGCUGGGAGAGUUCGAGUUGACGGGUAUCCCACCAGCACCAAGGGAAUUGCAUCAAAUUGAGGUGGCCUUCGAUAUCGACGCAAAUGGUAUUGUAACAGUAUCGGCUAAGGAUAAGGCAACCGGGAAGGAGUAACAGAUCACCAUCAGGUCAUCAGGAGGCUUGUCGAAGGACGAGAUUGAGAAGAUGGUGAGGGAGGCAGAGCAGUUCGCUCAGAAAGAUCAAGAGAGGAAGGAGUUGAUCUACGUAAGAAACUCGGCAGAUACCACCACCUACAGCAUCGAGAAGAGCCUGAACGAGUACCGAGACAAGGUCCCCUCCCAAGUGGUCAAGGAAAUUGAAGCUGUUGUUGCUGAUCUGAGGGCAGCAUUGUCAGGAGACAAUGUCGACGAGAUCAAAUCCAAAAUCGACGUCACGAACAAGGCUCUGUCGAAGAUCGGGGAGCAUAUCUCCAAGGGCUCGGGCGGUGGCGACCAGACCUCGGAGGCAGAGUACGAGGAAGUGAAGAAGUGAGCAGAGAAAGGCUGAGUGGAGGGCUAAUUUUAGGGAGGUAGGGCAACUUACGUGAAGAGUUGUGUGUUGAAUUGGUUCUGCUAUCCUACCGCGCAUAUGUAAUAGUCAGAAGAGCUUUUGAGUAGGAAAUCUUGUUUUUGUGUUGAGGUUGAGCCUCCAGCUUUGGUUCAUCAGUAGCCCAAAAUUGUUGGAGCUGUAGUUCCGUCCAUAUUUGUUUGAGAUCGAGUUGGUUGCAAUGGCUAAGCUAGACCUAGUUCAGCGUCCCGAGUUUUUGUGAAGCAACUAGAUGGACGAAAUAUUAAUUAUUGAAAGUAUAAGAGCACAAUACAUCUGGUACUGUACAUAUAAUACGUCCCGAGUUUUUACUGUUCAUAAAAUGCAAAGACAAACGGUCGUGGGAUUAAAAAGAUUGAGAAAGAGAGUCAUAAUCUAGAAGUUGUCUACUAAUGGUGCUAACAGACUGAGAAUGCCUUUCUGGCGGGAGUCUCGGAGAUGAAUGAUGCAUCGAAUCUGAGAGAAGAGAUUCAGUAUGAAAAACUUAUAUUCUCAAUCUUUUCAAUUUCAUAUAUGAUUUGAGCUUUUUGCAUGCUGUGUUGUUAGGUUAUGAAGAGCUUAAGCUGUGAUUUUUCAGCAUUCCAGGGGGUUGGUUGGGUUCCAGUGAGACAACUGGCGGAUUUAAAUAGAUUUAGAGGGGCUUUGGAACUUCAAAUUAUCUCUCUCGCAUUCAUCAGUACUUUGUGUAUAUGUAUUUUCUUUCCUUUUUCUUUUAAUCUUAUAAGCACCCGGAUUGUGGGCAUAAUCGUCUGUUUGGUGUGACAGGUGAAGCAGAGGCUACAAUUGUCGGCACUUGGAGCUGAUUCCGUCCCAUAGUUCCCAAGCUUUCCCCUAAAUCUCUGUUAGUCUCCACUCUAUACAUUUGCAUUUAUUCAUCUUUCUGUGAGGUCUUUCUAUUUCUACAUUUGUUUGAAAAUUUUACCGAGUUGGUUGUGGGUUGUGGUUUACGACUUCACUAGAAAGAGAUAUUUUUGAAACCGAACAAUCAAGGCCAGUAUCCUGUGGAAUCUCCACAGUAGUUCUCUCUGUCUGGUCAUUGUUUUUAUUGAACACUGUUGAUUCUUUUGACAGUUGCAUGGAGAACCUCCAGUUCCGAGUCCCUGGAAUUGUCAUUGUUGUCUCAGUGCAAUUAGUCUCUGCUGUUUGUGUUUAAAGCGUUUCAGUUUCCCUUCCAUGUUGAUGAUGCCCAUUAAUUUCCGUCUCAUUUCAUAAACCAUGCGACUGUGAUGCAGUCAGUGCGUGCAUUAGGCAUUUUACUUUGUUUGUAUUCAUGACGAUGCGUUUACCAAGUAGUGGCAGCCUGGCAGGGUGAGGUGGUGAUUUUUAUCUUCCCGGGAAAGAGACACAACUAUAUCUGUGAGAUUUGAGGAGAAGAUGGCAAACAAAUGCUCUUGCGGUACCUUGGCGAAGUGAUUGUAGGGUGUACAUAAAUCCGAGUAUUAUGUGUUUCAAUUUUACUAUGCUCCUCAAAGUUUGUCAAAUUAUUAUUGAGACAAAGAAUCAAUUGUCUUUCUGUAAUGGUUUAAUUUAUUGUUUUUUUCGCCUUAGUAGUUAGUAGACAACAAUACUAUGGAUGUAAGUUUUCUGUUUGAUCCAUUUUACUUAAUAGAUUGUUUUUCCCUUCGGCACUUUUUAAUUCUGGAAAUUUCAUGUGAUAUAAUAGGGUAUGAUAUAAAAGGCUCACCCUUGGAUCAACCUUACUUCUUUCUUCGUUGCUUAAAAACUUAGAAAGAUAUGGUUGCUUACAUUAUAAGUGGAAGUUUACCUAUGCUUUAUGUUUCAAACAUAAUAGAUUUAUGAUUAGCAU